AGCUACUGGUCCAGCCAGCCGUCUCCAGUCCAGCCAGCCGUCUCCAGUCUCCAGUCCAGCCAGCCGUCUCCAGUCCAACUAACUGCUUAGUUCCUGGAUCAUGUUAAAAAGGACGCUGUAUGUGUAAGGCGCCCGACUGUCUGCGGCAUUGUGGCUGAGAAACUGACGCCCUCCGACUGCACGGUUAUUAUAGACGGCAUAGUUUCAUCCUGGACCUUGUGAGGAAAGCGGCGGUGUUGGAUUUAAAGGGGGGUACAGCCGUCAAUCAAACGGAAGGAUUCGAACCAUUGUAACGGUGGACAGACAGUGUGUUGCUGUGUGUGUGUGUGGAGACAACCGGACCGCCAGGUGUGUGUGUCCAGCCUACUAGCUGACUGUCAGGAUGAGGCCUGGUCAGCUGUAUGUUCUGGUUCCAGCCUCCGCUGCCCUCCUCCUCCUCCUCAUGGUCCUAUCAGAACCGUCUCAGACCAGCGCCUGCAACAAGGCGCUCUGCGCCUCGGAUGUCAGCAAGUGUCUCAUACAGGAGCUGUGUCAGUGUCGUCCGUCCGAUGGGAACUGUUCAUGCUGUAAAGAGUGUAUGCUCUGCCUGGGGACACUGUGGGAGGAAUGCUGUGACUGUGUCGGGAUGUGUAACCCUAAGAACUACAGCGAUACUCCAGCCACCUCUAAGAGCACAGUGGAGGAACUCCAUCGACCAAUCCCCUCGUUGUUCCGAGCCCUCACGGAGGGCGACGCCCCUAUCAACAUGAUGGUGGUGUCCUUCCCCGUUGCCGAGGAACUAUCUCACCACGAGAACCUGGUCUCCUUCUUGGAGACGCUUGACGACCAGCAUCAGAACAUGUCAAUCCCCGGCAACAGCAUUCACGCAAGAUACGACACUCAAGAUAACAUGUGUACGGUGGUCUACUUUGACGACUGCGUAUCCAUCCGCCAGUGUAAACUAUACUGUGAGUCGAUGGGAGGGUCAAAGUACCGCUGGUUUCACAACGCCUGCUGUCAGUGCAUCGGCCCGGAGUGUCUGGACUACGGUAGCAAGGCUGUGAAGUGCAUGAACUGUCUGUUCUGAAGACUGGCGGUGGAUGGAUCUAUGAACUGUCUAAUCUAUGACACCAUAUAUAUGGACCAAACCCAUGGGCGGCUCGAGGGAGGGGCUAGACGAUGUGGAAGCCUCCUCAACACCCCAUUAGGAACCCCCCCCCCAAAAAAAUUAUUUUAUUAAUAUAUGAAUGCAUUUACACCAUACGGUGCCUUCGGAAAGUAUUCAGACCCCUGGACUUUUUCCACAUUUUGUUACGUUACAGCCUUAUUCUAAAAUGGAUUAAAUCCUUUUUCCCCCAC